CUAUGUCAGAGAUUCUAUACCCCUUCCUUAUUGCUGACGAUUGCGCAUUUAACUACGCUGUCGAUUCACCAAAAAACUAAACAUGGCUGCGAAUUACAUUUACGUCGAUUUGUAGAUCCGUCAAAUAACAAACUUAACCCUAUCUAGUGGAAAAUUGUGAUAUUCUAACCUAGACAAAGUGAAUUUUCAAGAAUAGUGCAUUGAAAGUGUAGAUAUUUCUCUGUUUUUACUUCAGUUUAAGCUUAUAGACUUCUUUUCGUCUUAUUUAGUACAAAAUGGCGGCUGACCGUGCUCUUCAAAGAGCAAUUUGUAACUAAGUUACAUUUUAUUUCUUUUAUUUGAAACUUACACUUAUUUUAACGUUAUGAUAAUAUUUAGUAAUGUUUAUAGUGUUUAUUGAAAUAAUUUUAAACAAGGUUUUCUGCCAUAAAACACUAGAAAAUAUUAAAUUCCAGUUGGAAAAUGCCAGAAAUGGGUGAUGCAUCUGACUCAGACAAUUCUGCAUCAGGUUCAGAGAAUGGCAGUAAGAGUGAAUCUUCCAGUAACAAUUCAGGGAGCGGAUCUGGGUCAUCUUCUUCUGACGGUUCAGAUAGUGGGGCAGAAAAUGUAGAAAAAGUAGAAAAUGGCUCUUUCCACAAGGAAGAAGUUAAUGAUAAUGAAAAUGAAAAUAGUCAAGACACAAAUCAUUCAAAUUCACCUAGUCCAGAUACAUCGAGACUAGAUACUUCAAAAGAGUCAGAGAAAAGUUCCGAUUCCUCAAACAUCAGAAGAUCCAUAAGGACGCGAAAAGAACCGGAAAGACUACAAAGUAGAGAUAGUGACCGAACUAGUAGUGAUAAAACUAGCAGUAGCAAAAGUGAGGAGUGGAAGUACAAUGACGCGAGUUCCUCUGAAUCGGACGAAGAAAAAGAGAAACCGCCCCCCAGCAAAAGGGUCGGCGUUAGAUCUCGUGCUCCUGUGAUAAAAAAAAAGGUUGUUAAGAAAAAACGAAAUAAAUAUAGUUCUGAAGACGAUGAUGAUGAUGAAGAAUCUAGUGAGGAAGACAGCGAUGAUGAGAGUAGGAGGUCUGUGGCGCGAAGGAAAGCCACUGCUGUUAGUUAUAAGGAAGAUAGUGAAGAAAAGACAGAUUCUGAAGAUUUAUUAGAAGUAGAAAAUGAACCAGUGGAACCUGUUCCUGAAGAGAAGUGUGAAACUAUCGAGAAAAUUUUAUCAUGUAGACGAGGGAAAAAAGGAGUGACUGGUAAUAUCACAACAAUUUACUAUGUGGAAGAAAACGGUGAUCCGAAUGCAGGUGUCAGUGAAAAAGAUGAAGAAAACACGGAAGAACAAUAUUUCAUUAAAUGGAAAGAUUGGGCACAUAUACACAACACGUGGGAAUCUGAAAGGAGUCUGAGAGAGCAAAAAGUCAAGGGGCUCAAAAAAUUAGAAAACUUUCAGAAAAAGGAACACGAAAUUCAACAAUUAUUACAUUAUUCCACGCCUGAAGACGUCGAGUAUUAUGAAUGUCAGAUGGAAUUGACGCAAGAUCUGUUAAAAAGUUACAAUGAAGUUGAAAGGAUCAUAGCUAAAUACAACAAACCAGACGGUGGUACGGAUUAUUACAUAAAAUGGCAAAGUCUUCCAUAUGCCGAUUCAACGUGGGAAGAUUCAGUGCUGAUUCAGCGAAAAUGGCCGGACAAAAUUGCCGAAUUCGAAACGCGAGAACAAUCCAGUAUGACUCCAACUAGGCAUUGUAAAGUACUUAAAUAUAGACCUAAAUUUCACGAAGUUAAGACCCAACCGGAAUACAUGAUGGGUAAAGAAAAGACUCUGGUACUGAGAGACUAUCAAAUCCAUGGUCUGAACUGGAUGAUCCAUUCAUGGACCAAAGAGAAUUCCGUUAUUUUAGCCGACGAAAUGGGACUUGGUAAAACAAUUCAGACAAUAUGCUUUCUGUACUAUCUCUUCAAUACGCACCACCUGCACGGCCCAUUUUUGUGCGUCGUACCGCUGUCUACAAUGACGUCUUGGCAGAGGGAGUUUUUUCAGUGGGCUCCAGAUUUAAACUUUGUUACCUAUUUGGGAGACGUCCAAUCUAGGGAAACGAUCCGUCAAUACGAGUGGUGUUUUGAAGGAUCCAAAAGAUUAAAAUUUAACGCAGUUUUGACAACAUACGAGAUUGUUUUGAAAGAUAAAGCAUUUUUAGGUAGCUUAAGUUGGGCUGUACUUUUAGUUGAUGAAGCUCAUAGAUUAAAAAAUGAUGACUCAUUGCUUUACAAAGCUUUAAUGGAAUUCGACACCAAUCACAGGCUACUUAUUACGGGUACACCAUUGCAAAAUAGUUUGAAAGAAUUGUGGGCUCUUCUGCAUUUUAUUAUGCCUGGAAAGUUCAAUGUUUGGGAAGAUUUCGAAAAAGAACAUGACAAUGCGGCAACCAAAGGUUAUGGCAAGCUUCACAGACAACUUGAACCCUUUAUUCUUAGAAGGGUUAAGAAAGACGUAGAAAAAUCCCUACCAGCAAAAGUAGAGCAAAUCCUUAGAGUAGAAAUGACUUCGAUCCAAAAGCAGUACUACAAAUGGAUUUUAACAAAAAAUUUCAACGCCUUGAGAAGAGGUGUCAAAGGUUCUUCGACCACUUUCCUCAACAUCGUCAUCGAACUAAAGAAAUGCUGUAAUCACUCAUUUUUAAUCAAACCCAGCGAUAAUGAACUGAUCAAUACUCAGCAAGAUAUGCUCCAGCAAUUGCUAAGAGGCUCUGGAAAAUUAGUGCUGCUAGACAAACUGCUGAUUAGGUUACGUGGUACCGGCCAUCGGGUACUUAUUUUCUCUCAGAUGGUCCGAAUGUUGGACAUCCUAGCCGAGUAUCUGCAACUACGGCAUUUUCCUUUCCAACGGCUGGACGGAGGCAUCAAAGGAGAGUUAAGACGACAGGCUUUGGACCAUUUCAAUGCUGAUGGGUCUCAGGAUUUCUGCUUCCUGUUAUCGACCCGCGCCGGUGGGUUGGGAAUUAAUCUAGCUACUGCUGAUACUGUGAUAAUUUUCGAUUCUGAUUGGAACCCCCAGAACGAUCUUCAGGCACAAGCUAGAGCUCACCGAAUUGGUCAGAAGAACCAAGUUAAUAUUUAUAGAUUGGUGACUGCAAGGUCCGUGGAAGAAGAGAUCGUGGAACGUGCUAAGCAAAAAAUGGUCCUGGAUCAUUUGGUUAUCCAAAGAAUGGACACAACUGGUCGCACUGUGCUAGACAAAAAAUGUUCCACAAACAACAAUCCCUUCAACAAGGAAGAUCUGACGGCCAUAUUGAAAUUCGGCGCUGAGGAAUUGUUUAAAGAUGAAGAUGAAGACGAGGAACCCAACUGUGAUAUUGAUGAAAUUCUGAGACGUGCUGAAACCAGGGACGAUGCACCGGCUAUGACGGGAGACGAACUUCUGUCUGCCUUCAAAGUCGCCAGUUUCGCAGCGUUCGAAGAAGACGCUGAACCAUCUCCUGUCAACAAUAACACCGCUGACGAUGAGAGCAAAGACUGGGAUGAAAUCAUUCCGGAAAAGCUCAGAAAAAAAGUUGAAGACGAGGAGAAAAACAAGGAAAUGGAAGAUCUGUAUUUGCCACCUAGGAGCAGGAAGACCUUGCAGCAAAUCAAUCAGUCCGAAAGCGACGGCGAAGAGGGCAAAGGAAGGAAGAGAGGCAAGAAAGAUGGCGACGAAUCUGUCGGAUCUUCUGGUGAAGAAUCUGACGAGGAACGGCCAAAAAGGCGCGGAAGAACCUCUACCAAGGAGAAAAUCAAGAACUUUACCGACGCUGAGAUUAGACGGUUUGUGAAAAGUUACAAGAAAUUCACCGCUCCUUUGAAGCGGUUAGAAGCCGUGGCUUGUGAUGCGGAAUUGCAAGAAAAGCCUCUUGCGGAAUUGAAGAAAUUGGGUGAAAUGCUGCAUGAUAGAUGCCGGGCGUUUAUGAACGAGCAAGCCAAAGAAAACACUGAAUCUAACACGCAGGAUGAACACAAGGGUCGUAAGAGAGGACCAUCCUUCAAAUUAGGAGGCGUAUCCGUCAAUGCCAAGACAAUGAUGGCUUGUGAAGAAGAACUAGAACCUCUGGAUGAAGUGAUACCAUCUGAUCCAGAAGAAAGGACCAGAUGGAGCUUUGAUGCUAAGACAAAAUCAGCACAUUUCGACGUGGAAUGGGGCACCAAAGAGGACACCAAAUUACUGAAGGGUAUAUACAUUUACGGGCUGGGAUCCUGGGAGCAAAUUAAGAUGGAUCACUUGCUUGGUAUCGGAGAUAAAAUAUUCCUUAAUAAUGAGGAAAAGAAACCUCAAGGCAAGCACUUACAAUCAAGGGCCGAAUACUUACUGAAGGUAAUGAAAAAGCAAUUGGAUCAGAAGAAGGGCGUGCAGAAACCCAAACGGCAGCGGAAAAAGGACACAAAGGUAUUAACCAAAGAGAUUAUCGAAGAUGAUUUGAGUUCCAAUGACGAAUCAACGGCGCAAAGCGUCUCCGUCACCACACCGUCAGCGCCGGUGGUCAAAAAGGCUGCAAAAGCGCAGGUCAAGAAGGAGAAGGAAGACAGGGGGGAGGAAUAUCUCACUGAGAAGAAGGAAAAGAAGGAGAAGAAAAAGAAGGAAAAGAAGGCUUCUGGUCCGAUGCAUUUCUCCACCAACGAGCCCAUAGCGUUAAAUAUUCUGGGGGGUUUGGAUCCGACGAUAUUCAACGAGUGCAAGGAGAAAAUGCGACCCGUGAAGAAAGCUUUAAAAGCUUUGGAUAAUCCCGAUCAGUCGCUGUCUGAGACAGAGCAAGUGCAGCACACUAGAGAUUGUUUGGUGCAGAUUGGCGAGCAGAUCAAUAUGUGCUUGAAACAAUACACUGAUCCGGAAAAGGUCAAAGAAUGGAGGAGCAACUUAUGGUAUUUUGUAUCAAAAUUUACCGAAUAUGAUGCCAAAAAAUUAUAUAAAUUAUAUAAGAGAGCAUGCAAGAAAACCGAGAAAUUAGACAGGAAAGAAAAGGAGAAAGAAGAAGGUGGCGCUUCAACUAGCAGUGAAAAAAUCAAAAUGAGAAUACCCAAAAGCGAUUCCAAAGAAACGAAAGAGCACAAAAGGAAGCAUGAAAGUGAUGUUGAAAAGGAAGAAAGCAAAAAGCACCAUUCUGAAAGGAAAGAGAGGCGAGAAAAGAACGUUGAAAGAGAGAAGGAGAAGGAAAGAAAAAGACAGCGAGAUGAGACCAGUGAAGAUGACGAGUACCGCUUUAAUAGGCAUAGAAAACCCGGUAGUUCCCAGAAAGUUUUCCGUCACGAACAGACCCACUCUGAACAAGAUAGGUGGAACGUUCAGCAACGUGAGAGGUUCCAGGGUGAUCACAAAAGACAGGACUAUCACCGACAACAAGGAUUCCAGAGAGAAAGGGACUAUCAACGUUCUGAAAAAAGGUCUCCAGAGAAAGAUUGGAGGCAGUAUCCUAGGGGCAGGGAGAUGAUGCAGUUGAUGCCCAACCAAGCCAUGUUUUACCCUGGGUUUUCACAAGGCGGACCCAUGUACCCACCCGAACAGCAAUUUCCUAGAGAUAGAUUUUUGGGAGAUUGGAGACCGCCUGAUCGAAACUACAGAUAUGACAGGCGUCAGCAAUAGUUUUAUUUUUAAUUAGUUAUUUUUUUUUAAGUUAUUACAGAUGAGUAAAUGUUAAAAUGUGCGUUAUUUGAAAAGUUGCAUGGUAAAGAUUGGAAAAUUAUUGAGGGAAGAUUUUAAUUUAAUAUAUAUACAUAUUUAUUGUACUUUUUAUUUACGUUUCGCUCAAUAAUUUUUCAAAACAAUAGAAUUUUUGCAUUUUUGAUUACCAAAUGUUUUUGUAAUUUAAUUGUACAUUUUUAUUGUAUUGAGGUGGCCGUAUGUAUAUUGAGAUAAUAUAUGUAAGCAGGCCUGUCAUCUCACAUGUAAAAAUUAAUGUACAUACAGAUAAAAUAUGUUUUGAUAUAAUUUGACUGAUUUAAAUAAAAUCCUGAUUCCUUGGAUAUUCCUUUUCUGUUACGUAUUUUUCGUUAUUUUAAUAAAUAAUAAAUAAACGUACCUGUAGGAUAUAUCUCGAACUUCCACUCAAAAUUCACUGGUUACAUUGAAUUGUAUUGCUCGCCCAGCAAGGUUUCCAGAUCUAAAUCUUUUCGAUUUUAUAUAUUUUAAUCAGGCACUCAUCAGCAGCUUUGGAUAAAAACUCGAAACACUUGUAAAUAAUUUAGAAUUAAUAUGGGAUUUUAUAUAAAAAAAAUGUAUAUAAUUUAAAAUUCGACUGAUAAAUAAAAUCCUCCGAUUCUUUUGAUACUCAUUUUGUAUUUUUCUUUAUUUUAAUAAUCAAAUGUUUAGGGUUUACAGGGUUUUACCCCUUGCCAGUCUUUAACAGACAUGUUGGAGAGGUAAAAAAAAACAACCUAAAUUCCAUUUUUCUCAAG